AUAUUAAAUUUGUUUUCAAUUUUUGAUCCUUCAACAAAAAUUUUUAGAUUAAAUUGAAUUUCUUCUUUAAUUGGUUUAUUUAUCAUUCCUCAAAUAUAUUGAUUGAUAAGAUCACGAAUUUUAUUUUUAAUAAUUAAUUUUAUAUUGAUUUUAUGAAUAGAAUUUAAAAUUAUUUUAAAAAAUAAGUUUAAUAUAAAUAAUUUAUUAUUUUAUAUUUCUUUAUUUUUAUUUAUUAUAAUAAAUAAUUUUAUAGGGUUGUUCCCUUAUAUUUUUACAAGAUCAAGACAUUUAAUUUAUUCUUUAGGAUUAUCUUUACCUAUAUGAUUAGGAUUAAUAAUAUUUGGUUGAAUUAAAAAUACUAAUUUUAUAUUUGUUCAUUUAGUUCCUCAGGGUACUCCUUUUAUUUUAAUAUUUUUUAUAGUAUUAAUUGAAUCAUUAAGAAAUAUUAUUCGUCCUUUUACAUUAUCAAUUCGAUUAACUGCUAAUAUAAUUGCUGGCCAUUUAUUAUUAACUUUGUUAAGAAGAUUUAUUCCUAAUUUUUUUUUAUUUUAUUUAAUUGUAUUAAUUUUACAAUUAAUAUUAUUAAUUUUAGAGAUUUCAGUUUCUUUAAUUCAAUCUUAUGUAUUUGUAAUUUUAAUAAUUUUAUAUUUAAAAGAAACAAAUUAUGAUAAAAUUUAA